AUGACCUCCACCUCCAACUCAAGUUUUGAUGAGGAUCGAUGGAUCAUUCAUAUGCGGCGAACCCUAGAUGAAGAGCUAGAAGAGGACACCGAAAUCCCCGUCAGCAUUUUCAGUGUCCCUAAAAGCCUCUUAGCCAGUGAUCCUGAUUCUUAUGUACCACAACAAGUGGCAUUAGGCCCUUACCAUCACUGGCGCCCUGAGCUCUAUGAAAUGGAGAGAUACAAACUUGCUGCGGCAAAAAGGACCCAGAAACAUUUCCAAACCAUCAAGUUCCAUCAUCUCGUUGAUCAGUUAGUAAAGCUUGAGUCAAGGAUUCGAGCUUGUUAUCACAAGUACCUUGAUUUCAAUGGCGAAACCAUGGCGUGGAUGAUGGCCGUUGAUGCAUCCUUUUUGCUCGAGUUUCUUCAGAUUUACACGAUCAAAGAAGGUAAGAUUCUGACAAGAGUUUCUUCAAGAAUGUCGCAUUUGGUAGAUGUUGCAGGGAGAAAAUCAGCACAUAAUGCCAUUCUUAGAGACAUGGUGAUGCUGGAAAAUCAAAUUCCUUUGUUUCUACAGCGAAAGAUGUUGGAAUUCCAAUUCUCCUCGUUGGAAUUAGCUGAUGCAAUGUUGCUUUCCAUGUUAAUGGCACUGUGUAAAGAGCUUUCUCCGUUUAAGAUGAUGGAAGAAUUCCCAAAUAUUCAAGUGCCAGAGUGUACCCACUUGCUGGACUUCUUGUACUGCAUGAUCGUGCCCAAAUCAGAAGAAAAAUCAGAAGAAAUUUCCGAGAUUACUGAAGUUGAUGACCAAAGUGAAGGUGCGGAAAACAAAGAAACAUCUUUUGCUGCAGAAUCAAGUAAUGUGGAAAAAUUCCUUUAUGAAGUUUGGAAGCUCGUCACAAAAUUGAACAGAGGUCCGGUACGUACUAUCAAAAGGCUAAUAUUGUCUAGACCGGUUAAAGUUGUAUUGAAAUUGCCUUGGACAAUAAUUUCCAGCCUUCCUGGAUUUAAGCUCUUGAAACAACCUGUUGACUCUUUCUUCUUUUCAGAAGAAAAAGAAGAAAUUAAUCCUGGAAAUGUGAAGUCCCACUCAAAUGAUAACUUGAUUAGCAAACCUCCACUAGUAGAGGAAAUCACAAUCCCUUCCGUCACUGAGCUAUCAAAAGCCGGUGUACGUUUCUUAUCCACAAAUGGUAGCAUCUUGACUGUUAGUUUUGAUGUUACAACAGCCACAAUGUGGCUCCCUACCGUUAGCUUAGAUGUGAACACAGAAGUUAUCCUGAGAAACUUAGUAGCAUACGAAGCUUGCAAUGCAUCAGGGCCAUUGGUUUUUACUCGUUACACAGAACUAAUGAAUGGGAUCAUCGACACUAACGAAGACGCAAAACUGCUAAGAGAGAAAGGGAUCAUUCUGAAUCGUUUGAAGAGCGAUCAAGAGGUAGCUAAUCUCUGGAAUGGGAUGAGCAAAUCUGUUAGAUUGACCAAAGUGCCCUUCUUAGAUAAAGUGAUUCAAGAUGUGAACAAGUAUUACAAUGGUAGGUGGAAGAUUAAGAUUUUGAAGUUCAUCAAGUUGUAUGUGUUUAGCUCAUGGAAGUUUCUAACUUUGCUGGCUGCCAUUCUGCUCUUGUUUUUGACGACUCUGCAGGCGUUUUGCUCAGUGUAUAGAUGUGUUCGAUUGAUUCGUAUCAACCGAACCUUGUGAUUUUUCUAUUGAACUACUUUUUUAAUCUUUUCAGGAGGUGGGAUUGUAAUAAUUUUUGAGGUUGGCCAUUGGUGUAAUUGCCUUUUGCUAUGUUGUGCUUUGUUGCUGAUCAACUACUUGAAUGCCUUUUCAGAAUGA